GAAGAUGCUGCGCGAGCGGACCGUGCGGCUGCAGUACGGGAGCCGCGUCGAUGCGGUCUACGUGCUGGGCACCUACCUCUGGACCGACGUCUACAGCGCGGCCCCCGCUGGGGCCCAAACCUUCAGCCUGAAGCACUCAGAGCGUGUGCGGGUGGAGAUCGUACGGGACGGGCAGGCUGAGGAGGUAGCCACCAAUGGCAAACAGCGCUGGCCUCUGUCACCUAGUACCACACUGCGGCUCACCAUGAGCCAGGCGAGCACCGAGGCCAGCAGUGACAAGGUCACCGUCAACUACUAUGACGAGGAAGGGACCAUUCCCAUCGACCAGGCGGGGCUCUUCCUCACGGCCAUUGAGAUCUCCCUGGAUGUGGAUGCAGACCGGGAUGGAGUGGUGGAGAAGAACAACCCAAAGAAGGCGUCCUGGACCUGGGGUCCCGAGGGCCAGGGGGCCAUCCUGCUGGUGAACUGUGACCGAGACACACCCUGGCUGCCCAAGGAGGACUGCAGUGAUGAGAAGGUCUACAGCAAGGAAGACCUCAAGGACAUGUCCCAGAUGAUCCUGCGCACCAAAGGCCCCGACCGCCUCCCCAUCGGAUAUGAGAUGGUUCUCUACAUUUCCAUGUCGGACUCGGACAAAGUGGGCGUGUUCUACGUGGAGA